AUGCCGGGACCGUCGACGGCGCCGCAGCAGACACAGCCCAAGCGCCCGGCGUUGAACCCACUGCCCCGAGAGCCGCGGCACAGAUCACCAAUCACGCCACCAUCGAGCGCCGGGCUGUCAGUAUCGGCGUUCGAAAGCGUGCCCUCCGCGCCACCUAAGCCCCCAACCAAGGGAAGCAAAGCCGCGUCCACGAGCGUGCCAGUAUCGUCCGCCGCAGCACGCCCGCAACCACCUACUGCGCGCCAGUCACGAGCUGAGCCCGCCGCGACCACCUCCGCCUCCGCCACCAGCAGAGGCGCUGCCAUCGUUGCUGCCGCUGAGCGCCCCGCAAAAAGCGGCCCCCCUCCGCGGCCGGCGACCCGCACCACCACCGCGAGCGCCCGCAUCAACCCCGCCCCACCGCGUGCCACUGCGGCGGGGAUGCCUGCACGCCCGCGGCCCACAGUCUCCACCCGUGCAGCCACGGCAGCUACGCGCACCACCGCCACUGCCGCCGUCAACAACACGGCAGAACAGCGCCAACCGCGCUCGCAAGCGUCGCCGCCCCUGACGCGAACGAGGGCGACGGAGGCACGCUCACCGCCGCCACUGUUCGCAGCAGUUGCCGCUCGCAGCCCCACACCGCCAUCGGCCAGCGCGGCGCCAUCGAUGCCAGGCCUCGGUUCACCGAUGGACACAGCUCCGACACCGAGGACCCCGACGCCGGAGCCCCCGACGCCGGAGACUACACCUCCCAAUAGGUCUACGGCGCCGACAGCCCCGCCGGCCGAGAAGAGGCCCCGCUACCCGCCCCUAAUCGUGGAGCACCUACCAAACUGGGCGCACCACUUCAGGGAGCUGAAGAGCAAGCUGUCCCGCGCGCCCAACGCCCGCCCCUACGGGCGGGGCGUACGAUUCCUCCCGAGGGACGAAGUGGAGUACCGUCUGGUGCAGCGGUACCUAACCACACUGGAGAGGGAAGAGGGUAUCUCCUGGUUUGCCUACUCCCUCCCAGCAGAGAGAUCCCUAAAAGUGGCCAUCCGUGGCCUGCCAGCGGAGACCGACACCGAGGACAUUCUCCAGGAACUCCGCGAGCUCGGCUUCGCCCCGGACUCCAGCGGAACCCAGACACCAUCCCCCGGAUAUAUGAGGUGA